UGCGGGGGCGGGGCCGGCCGUCAGCUGACUGUGGCGGCGGCGGCCUUGCGGAGUAAUAGUCACAUCGUGGUUCCGCGCGGAGGGUCGCCGGCGCGUCAGCUCUCGGAGGGCGAGGCCUGAGGCCGGCCAGACCAUGGCGACCACCGUCAGCACGCAGCGCGGGCCGGUGUACAUCGGGGAGCUGCCUCAGGACUUCCUGCGCAUCACGCCCACGCAGCAGCAGCAGCAGAUCCAGCUGGACGCACAGGCGGCGCAGCAGCUGCAGUUCGGAGGGGCACUGGGCACCGUGGGCCGCCUCAGCAUCACCGUGGUGCAGGCCAAGUUGGCAAAGAACUACGGCAUGACCCGCAUGGAUCCGUACUGCCGACUGCGCCUGGGCUACGCGGUGUACGAGACGCCCACGGCCCACAACGGCGCCAAGAACCCGCGCUGGAAUAAGGUCAUCCAGUGCACGGUGCCCCCGGGCGUGGACUCCUUCUACCUGGAGAUCUUUGACGAGCGAGCCUUCUCCAUGGACGACCGCAUUGCCUGGACGCACGUGACAAUCCCCGAGGCGCUGAGGCAGGGCAAGGUCGUGGACGAAUGGUACAGCCUGAGCGGACGGCAGGGCGACGACAAGGAGGGCAUGAUCAACCUGGUCCUGUCCUACACGUCGCUGCCGGCUGCCAUGAUGAUGCCGCCUCAGCCCGUGGUCCUGAUGCCCACUGUGUACCAGCAGGGCGUCGGCUAUGUGCCCAUCACAGGGAUGCCCGCCGUGUGCAGCCCCGGCAUGGUGCCUGUGGCCCUGCCCCCGGCCGUGAGCGCCCAGCCCCGCUGCAGUGAGGAGGACCUGAAGGCCAUCCAGGACAUGUUCCCCAACAUGGACCGGGAGGUGAUCCGCUCUGUGCUGGAGGCCCAGCGGGGCAGCAAGGAUGCGGCCAUCAACUCCCUGCUGCAGAUGGGCGAGGAGUCCUAGAUGUGC